GGCUCCUCCCCACAAGGAAGUGAAAUCCCCUUUUAAUUCAGUCGGUUCCUUGCAGACAGAGUGCUGACACCAUGCUGCCCCUGCGCCGACUACUCACACUCCACCGAGCCCAGGUCUGCUCUCGCCUCGUCCGCUGCGCCUCCAGCUCUCGGCCCCCGAUCCGUAUUCAGCGUCUGGACCAUUUGGUUCUGACCGUGAAGAGUCUGGAUAGAACCAUCAACUUCUACACAGAAGUGCUGGGCAUGGAGGUGACCACGUUCAAGGGGAACCGGAAAGCUCUGUCCUUUGGGAUCCAGAAGAUAAAUCUUCACGAAGCCGGCAAAGAGUUCGAGCCGAAGGCCCAUCGUCCCUCCCCGGGCUCCGCAGACCUGUGUCUGAUCACAGAGACGCCGCUCGGCGCGGUGCUGGAGCACCUGCAGGCAUGCGGAGUGCACGUGGAAGAAGGGCCGGUACCUCGGACGGGAGCUGUGGGGGAGAUCCGAUCCGUUUAUUUCCGGGACCCUGACCAUAACUUAAUAGAGGUGUCCAACUACGAGAAGGACUCUAAAGAGCAGCCAUGAGUAUUACACGCCGCGGGCAACCGGCCAAUAGAAAUACACGUCCUUGUCGCGUGCGCAGCUUUAAUAAAAAUAGUUUUAUAUUCACUGAUUAAUAAACGGUUAAUUAUCUCACAUCAACAA